ACGUGUACAUAUAGUUUUUUACUUGGGAGACACCGUGGCUUGCAAACGAGCGAAGCAUCGCAGUUGCUCAGUGUUUUGAUGUACAAAUGAUGUACAAAACUCGAAAAAGCCAGCUCAUCAAGUGCUUACAUUCAGCAGCUUCUUUCAAGGGAUGUUGCCUGCCAGACAGAACACCUGGAUACGCAUAUUUGUAGGCACACAGCUAUCCUUAAAGUCUUUGCAGCCCCAUUUUAAAAGUGAAGAAGACUGCGAUGCCUUUGGAGACCGUAGCACUCGGCGCGGCGCCACCUCGGAGAGUCUGGGUGGAGACGCUCCUGGCUCCUCCCACAUGUCCAGUCACAGCGAGGAACUGGUGCAGACCCCAGACACCAUUUCAAUCAAGGUUGAAGAGGAUAUUGGUGGAGGCUUGCCCGCCGUAGAAGACUGCAAUGCCUUUGGAGAACGUAGCACUCAGCGCAACGCCAACUCAGAGAUUCUGGGUGUGGACGCCCCUGGCUCCUCCCACAUGUCCAGUCACAGCGAGGAGCUGAAGAUUCUGAGUGUCUACGGAAAAGGGGAGGGCCCACUGGCGGUGGACGGCCAUGACACCCUCUUCACCGCGUCAGAAGUGGAGGCCCUGAACUCGCUGUCUGCGGACCACGGCGUGGCCAAGAGCCUGGAGCGCGGCGAGCGGCUGGUCUGCCGCGAGGAGCUGAGUGUGCAGCAGACCCCAGACACCAUUUCAAUCAAGGUUGAAGAGGAUAUUGGUGGAGGCAUGCCCGCCGUAGAAGACGGCAAUGACAUCAGAGACUGCAGCACACAGCGCGGCGCCAUCUCGGAGAGUCUGCUUGUGGACGCCCCUGGCUCCUCCCACAUGCUGCGCAUCCUGAGCGUUUACGGCCAAGGGGAGGGCCCUCUGGCGGUGGACGGCCAUGACACCCUCUUUGCCGCGUCAGAACCGGAGGCCUUGCGCUCGCUGUCCACAGACCACAGCGUGGCCAAGAGCCUGAACUGCAGCGUGAGGCUCGUCCGCCUUGAGGAGCUGACUGGGCAUCAGGGCGGCCGCAAGGGUCGGCCCGGUGUCUUGUGUGGAAAGGUUGUUCCCAACGAUGCUACUAUGAUCGCCCACAUGUCGAGCGACUCUGGGGAGAAGCCCUACAGGUGUGACCAAUGCACGAAGUGCUUCAGUCAGAAAGGCACCCUGAAGCGCCACUUGAGGACUCACUCUGGUGAGAAGCCCUACAAGUGUGACCAAUGCACAAUGCGCUUCAGUCAUGGUUCCGCCCUGAAGUUCCACAUGUCGACUCACACCGGCGAGAAGCCCUACAGGUGUGACCAAUGCACAAGGAGUUUCAUUCAAAGCUACGCCCUGAAGUGCCACAUGAGGACUCACUCCGGUGAGAAGCCCUACAAGUGUGACCAAUGCACAAUGCGCUUCAUUCAUACCUCCGCCCGGAAGCGCCACAUGUCGACUCACACCGGAGAGAAGCCCUACAAGUGUGACCAAUGCAUGAAGUGCUUCAGUCAGAAAGGCCACCGGAAGAGCCACAUGAUGACUCACUCUGGGGAGAAGCCCUACAGGUGUGACCAAUGCACGAAGCGGUUCAGUCUGACAAGAUACCUGACGAUCCACAUGAGAACUCACACCGGCGAGAAGCCCUACAGGUGUGACCAAUGCAUGAAGUGCUUCCAUCUUGGCUCAUCCCUGAAGUUCCACAUGACGACUCAUACCGGGGAGAAGCCCUACAGGUGUGACCAAUGCAUGAAGUGCUUCAGUCAGAAAGGCACCCUGAAGCACCACAUGAGGACUCACUCUGGGGAGAAGCCCUACAGGUGUGACCAAUGCAUGAAGUGCUUCGGUCAGAAAGGCACCCUGAAGACACACAUGAUGACUCACUCUGGGGAGAAGCCCUACAAGUAGGGCUGGGCGAUAUACAGGUUUUAAAAUUAUACCGGUAUAUUUUUGAAAGCGACAUGUAGUUGAGACAAUACCGCCAUACCGGUAUAUUAUAUAUAUAAGAAAGUAGUACGUGCUCCAAUAGUGCAAGAUAAAAAAUAAAACACAUUAAUUUGAUAAUUUUUGCUUGUGUGUGAUUUUUCGCGGGCACAGGCACGCACAAGCUAAAAUCAUUCAUAUUAUAGAAGAGGCUGUCAAGGAAAACAGGAUGUUUUUUUUCUCCGAUGACGUCUAUGGUAUCACUCUGCAAAUAGUCCGGUAACUUGUCAACUCCAGCGUCUUCGGUUGUUAUGCGACGUCAACGACUUUGGCGGACUAUUUCUCUGCUGAUCAACACUACGAAUGCCGGUUACAAAUAAAUUUUAAAAAGACACACCAUGAAGUUAUUUUUUUGUUUAGGCAAGUAACCGUGUAAUAAGCGGGAUAAUGUGUAGAACGUCGUCGGUCAUUAUUGAAAAUAAGCCCCUUCAGGUCGGCGUCCUGUUCGCCCUGUCGGGGCUUAUUUUCCCGAUAAUGACCGGUAGGGCUGGGUAUUGUCAAGAAUCUCACAAUUCGAUUCGAUUUCGAUUCAUUAGGUCACGAUUCGAUUCAAUUUCGAUUCGAUAUGGAUUGAAAUGCUUCGAUAUCGAUUCAGUAUCAAGUAGAAAUACACAAGAAAGAGUAAAGUAUAUAUAUUUUAAAUAAUUUAUUUAUUUAAUUUCAUGCCUUAAAACAGCCUGGGCACAGGGCUGGAAAUUGUAACAUAACAUCUUUGAACAAUAAUAACAUAAGAACCAGGUGCCUUCAUUUUUGGUAACAAAUACAACUUUAGCACAAUACAAGUAUAACUAUAAGAAUAAACUAUAAAAAAAAAAGUGCUGUAUUAAAUGUAAUGUAGGCCUUUGUAAACUUAAAUCAUGUAUUUUUCUUUCUUCUGAGCUCACAAAACACAUAAGAACCAGAUGCCUUCUGGUUACAUACUAGAUGUGCACAUGUAGAUUUUUGUUUAAGAAAAUCAGCUGGUCUACAUGUUCUGGAUUAAGUGCACUCCGCUGGGCCGUGACAAUAUCACCAGCUGUUGAGAAGAUCCUCUCAGAUGGUACACUAGUACCUGGGAUACAGAGGUAUCGUUUUGCUUGGCAUGACAAAAGGGGGUACUCCCCCUCAGGUUCUCUCCAACAGUUGAGUGGAUUGGUGGAGAGUGCCAGUGAUUUUACCUUUGUGUACCUCAUCACCUCAUCUAAAACUAUUUCACUUGUGGUUCUGGACACUGCUACUGGAGCAUGUGUUCCCCAGGAGAUCAGCCAAAGCACUGGAGUCCCUUGCUUUCUUUGAUGGGGGUCCAGAGUCAUCAGCUGGUUCUGCCUGCUGCUUCAGCACGUUACCUGCCUCACUGUCUGCUGCAUUCAUUGGCCCACCCUGUUGUGAAAGUAAAUAAAUCACAUUAAAUCAAACAAAAGCUUUAUCUUGCAAUUGUUAUACAGUUAGUUUCAAAUCCAUUGUGGGAGUGUAUGAUAGAACUUUUCAAUAAAAUAAAAAGUGCCAGCGUUCAAAUAAUUCCAGACAACCAAACAAAAAUAUUCUGUGUGCACAGUUGCACACAUAGUCAGCCCCUUCAUUCAAUAUAAAUUUGUACUUACAGAGUCCUUCUCAGUUGCUAAUGCAUCAGUGAUAGUGAAAGUGAUAGUGUUAGCAGCAUUUUCUGUGACGAUUGCUGGCACUUUCUCCACUAACCCCCAUUCAUUCAUUGCCUCCUUCAACAGGUUCGCUAUAUUGAUCCCUGUGUGGCUUUCGUUCAUGGCUCUAGUCUGCAGAACAUGUGAAACUAGUUCCCACUCGUUAGAAAUGAAAUGAGAGGUAAUAGUUACGUAGGAGUCCGUCGCUCUCGACGUCCAACCGUCACGAUACUCUCUGACAAUUUCAACGACUGCAAAACCGCAGUCUUUUUCUCUUCGUACAGCUUCGGAAUGGCGAUUUCUGUCAUGUAUUUGCGUGUUGGUAUGACGUAUCGUGGUUCGAGCGUGUGUACCAUCUUCUUAAAACCCUCGUUUUCGACCACACAGUACGGCCGCAGGUCUUUGCAUAUAAAGACAGCCACCGACUCUGUUAUCUUCUGUGCGCGGGCAGAACAUGGCGGGAGUUUGCACAUUAUGUUGAGCUGCGUUUGUUUCGAAUCCGCGGGUUUAGCCAUGGGUUGCUGCAGAACUUCUGCAUGGUGACGGCUCAGAUGGUUUCGCAAGGUUUGUCGUGUUGUUGCAGUAUUUCUCAACCGCCUGGCAAAGUUUGCACAACACCUUACUUUUAUCUCUUUCCUGGGUUCCAGGUAAAUACGGGAAUACAAAAUGAAUCCACACGUCUGAUUUCAGGGUAGAAGGCGGCGGCUUAACGGAGCAGCUACUCAUCCUGGUCGCCAUGUUGAUAUGAAGUGCGGCCCCCGUCUGUAUUGCGGGAAUCACACGUGUUCACAGUGUUGCUCACCGCGCCCCUACUGGCCAGGGGCUUGAAUAGAUUCAGAAAAUUGCUGAAUCGAUAUUGAAUUGCAGGGAAAAUAAUUGCAAUAUAUUGCUGAAUCGAUAUUUUUACCCACCCCUAAUGACCGGCGUUCUUUACAUUAUCCCUUACGUAUCUGUUGUUAAAGCACAGCUAUGCUUCGUUGAGCAAAAUAUAAAGAAAACACUAAAUAAAUGGUUGAAAGUGGCGUGGAGUUAAAACUACACACUUUACCUGUUUUGUUCAAAAUAUCGUUAUAAUAUCGUAUAUCGCCAUUCGAACAGAAAAUAUCGAGACAUGAGUUUUGGUCCAUAUCGCCCAGCCCUACCUACAGGUGUGACCAAUGCAUGAAGCGCUUCAGUCAUGGCCACGCCCUGAAGAUCCACCUGAGGACUCACUCUGGGGAGAAGCCCUGCGUGUGUCUGCAGUGCAACGCCAGCUACAGUGACCCAAGCAAUUUGCGUGUGCACAUGCUCAAGCACACUUUGACACGGGGUAACGGGACGCUUUGAUUUAGACCUCUGUCUGGUAUUGGUUUAAAUUACUACUUUUUGUUUUUCUUUUCAUCACGAUUAAACGCUUUCAACUUUUGAUUCGCUUGUUGUUUUUAUUAAUUUAUGUCUGUGAGGAAUAACUUAGAUACAAAGGAAACAAAGGUCAGGGGGAGGGGCCUUCGUGGAGUUUAGGAUUGGCCAGAGGAGGGACCAAGUUCAAUUGCAAUUCACAAUAUGGGUGAAGUGGACAUGGCUGCAAGACGGUUAAAGGAAUCUACACAACAAAGAAGUCUGGAUUGUGCUCAGUACUAGUAACUGCCCACAGUUGCAAAUGCAAACUAUCUAAACUAUCUUUCAAUUAGAGAGGGCGGGAGGUAUCUCUAGGUCCAUGGAGAAUGCAUAGAAAUUCAUUGAAAUGGACUUAUUCAAACAGGGUUCAUAUAAUUUGUAUAUUAAAGUUAUGCUUGACAUUGCCACAACAUUGUCAUUACCGUUAUCUUUGUUAUCACAAAAAGCCUGCAAAGUUCACUUGUGAAAUAGACUGCGAUUGAACCCCACAUUAUACAUGAUUAUGUUCAUUCCACUUACCUUUCCAUUCCGUGCGCUUAAUGCUAACUACCUUGGAUGGAUUGUAUCAUAAUAGGCGAUAAUGGUUGAAGAUGAUCCAUUUUA